AUCAAAAGUUGAUUUUGUUUAGGAAAGCCCAAUAUGGUUUUCGCCAACAACUUGUAAAAUUUUUGUCGCUAAAGAUAUAACAAAAUGAAAUUUUAGACAUCCACUGAGCGCCUAUUGUGCUAAUAUUUCAUAAACAAAUUGAGAGAGAGGGAGAGCGAUCUGGUGACUGCUGGAGCCGCGAAGAGGAUAUUAUCAAUUUUUUGGAAUCGCGAGUUGUGGAAUGGAAAGGGCUAAAUCAAUCGCAUCCAGUCUUUUCUGGGUACUGUUUUUGCUGGGGAACACAGUGCGAGUCUCUUCAACUCAACCUUUUUCUCAGACAGAUCAGGACAUAGAGCAAUCUGCUGCUGCAAGAACUCUUAAGCAGGAGCCAGAACAUGCUCAUGAAGUACACUGUUCAAGAGAAAGAAGUAGGGCAGCCUGGAAAAUUAUUGAAGAGUAUUUGACGCCAUUCAUGGAAAAAGAAAGGUAUCAAAUUUCAACUAGAUGCAGACUUCAUCCCGAUAAUGAUCUAUUUAGAGAUCAGGAGCAGCAUAAGAUUCAUGUGGAUAUAAAUGAGUGGCGAUGUGGAUACUGUAAGAAAAGCUUUCGGGCUGAGAAAUACCUUGAUCAACAUUUGGACAACCGGCACUACGAUCUCCUGAAUGUGAGUGAUAGCAAGUGCUUGGCAGAUUUAUGUGGGGCAUUGCACUGUGACCAUGUGAUGCAGUCCAAGUCACCCAAGAGCAAGUGCAAUCCUGCAGCUGCUGCGAGGAAUCGCCACCUAUGUGAGAGUCUUGCAGAUAAAUGUUUUCCUGUUAAUCAGGGUCCCUCAGCAAGUCGUCUUCAUGAAUUGUUCUUGCACCAAUUCUGUGAUGCUCACACUUGCUCAGGAGGACGGAAAUAUUUUCCUAGAGGGCGCAAGAAGCAAACAAGUGUAUUCUACCUGGCUAUUUCAAUAUUGACAUUAAUGUUGCUCCCGCUUUUCUAUGUUAUUGUCUUUUUGCACCAAAGAGAAAUGAGAAGAGGAACCCAAGAAUUGAGGCGUAUAUCACAACUUGGACGGAAAGCAAAGCCCUCUUAGUCGGUGGAAUCAAUAUUACCCAGAUAUGUCCUCCUUUGCUUAUGGUGCUUAUAACUGUCAACCAGGAAAGCAUAUGGAGUUGAUGAUACAACAUUUGAUUACCAGGAUUUUUUUUCCUAGUUUGGGCUUCCUUUUCAAUGCAUUUCUCUGGAGAACUGCUUUUGUCAUUAGAAAGCCUAAAUGUGGAUGACUUACAUAAACUCCUCAAAAAGCCAAACCAGCUCUAUAUGUACCAUCUCGGUGUAAUAUCUGGGAAGAACAAAGAUGUAUUAACAAACAUUUUUCUGCUGAAUAAAACUUAUCCAUUCUUGAUGGUUGAAUGACUUGGAAAA